GUUUGUGUCGUGCUCCUCUUGCCGAACCCCUCUUACAUGACAUCGGCUUCUGGCGAUGGAGGUUGAAACGAAAUGGCCAAGGCUGCCUGGCGCUUUUGCCCUUUGCGAAUCAAAUGAUAUGAAGACCUGGACGGCAGAGUCCGAUAUAAGAAACAUGGUCACUUCGAUGCCACAAUACUCUAGACUGACCACUCUGCGCAACUAAACUACAAGAUCAACUUCGAGGCAAGAAAAUGGCUGAAAGUCAGAUUGGGACAAACCUUUUGGAUCGCGAGUGGCUGGCUGUGGAUGCCCAAAACGAUCCUGACCGAUGGAUCCAUCGAUUCACAGAGGAAGAGCUCAAGGAUAUCGAUCAUGCUUUGCAAACCACGUUGAGAAAAGGCCACAAGAGCUGCGAAACGAUGACCAAGGAGGAUUUCCCGCUAGGCCCAUCGGAGAAACCGUUGCAGCAGGUCCUCGAGCAUCUGGAGAAUGACAUGGGGCUCUUUGUCUUGCGUGGGAUCCCUGCCGACAACUACACAAAGGCAGAAAUGAGGAUGAUCUACUGGGGAAUCGGACUGAACAUGGGCGUGGCAGUGUCGCAGAGUGGGAAGGGAGAUGUUCUGGGGGAUGUCAAGAACUUCGGCAACAAUAUCCACCCAUCUUCCACCACUGGCCGUGGAUAUAUGUCCCGUGUCCAUCUAUCAUUCCACACCGAUAGCUCUGACAUUGUUGGUCUCAUGGUACUGCAAGUUGCCAAAAGUGGCGGGCUCAGCAUGAUUUGCAGCUCGGUGGCCGUGAGGAACGAGAUUGCGCGCCGGCGACCCGACCUGCUUAAGGUCUUGUACGAAGACUUCUACUGGAGCUGGAAAGGAAACUCCCCCCCUGGAGCUGGUCCCUACUAUAAGAUUCCCAUUUUCAGCGAGGAAGGCGGACGCUUCUCCUGCCGCUACAUUCCGCCGCACAUCUUCACGGCUCAAGAGUACCCUGAGAUUCCCCGUCUCACUGAGCAGCAAAAGGAAGCUAUUAAGUUGGUCGCUCAGAUCGCCAAUGAAGAGAAGUUCCACUUUGCCAUGAUGUUCGAACCAGGAGAUAUACAGUUCCUGAACAACCACAUCACCUUGCACGCCCGCACUGAGUUUGAGGACGGGGACACAGAGGAGACAAAGCGACACUUGUUGCGAGUGUGGCUGUGUCCCCCAAACAGCCGGAAGCUGAGCGCCAAUGUCGUCGAUUUCUAUAGAGAUCAGAGGCCAGGCACGGUGCGAGGAGGAUUCCAUUCGCAGACGGGCAAAUUUGUGUUUGAAACAACCGUCCAGGGAUGA